AAAAAAAACCGAAAAACAAAAGGGUUUUAACUUCGAGAUUUUAUUAGAAUCAUCAUCUCAGCCGGAAUAUCAUCAAAUUUCCGGCACCGCCUCAAAGAACUCCACCGAAAGAAAAAUGACCGAAGUAGCAAGCAACGUAGUACACGAAGUAUUAGGACAAAGGGCACAGGAUCUUGACCAGCCCAUAAUCGAUUACAUAAUAAACGUACUUGCUGAUGAAGAUUUUGAUUUUGGAUUUGAUGGUGAAGGCGCUUUCGAAGCUAUUGGUGAUCUUUUAGUUGAUUCUGGUUGCGUUUCUGAUUUCUCUGAAUGCCAUUCUGUUUGUGGCAGAUUAUCAGAGAAAUUUGGAAAGCAUGGUUUAAUAAAGAUAAAGCCGGCUGUUAGAAGCCUUGCUACCCCAUUUAGAAUGAACGAGGGAAUGGAGGAAGUGAAAGCUCCCAAAAAGAAGCCUGAGCCAGUUGACGGUCCUUUGUUAACUGAACGUGAUAAAAUCAAGCUUGAAAGGAGAAAGAGGAAGGACGAGCGUCAAAGAGAGAUGCAAUACCAAAUACAUGUAGCCGAAAUGGAAGCAGCGAAAGCUGGAAUGCCUGUUGUAUCUGUAAAUCAUGACAAUAGUGCUGAAGGAACUACAAUUAGGGAUAUUCAUAUGCAGAACUUUAAUGUGUCUAUUGGUGGGCGUGAACUUAUAACCGAUUGUACUGUGACACUUUCUUUUGGGCGUCACUAUGGCCUUGUUGGCAGGAAUGGUACAGGGAAAACCACAUUCCUAAGGUAUAUGGCUAUGCAUGCUAUUGAAGGUAUCCCUAAAAACUGUCAGAUAUUGCAUGUGGAGCAAGAAGUUGUUGGUGAUAAUACAUCAGCGUUACAAUGUGUCCUUAAUGCUGAUGUUGAGAGAGCAAAGCUUUUGGAAGACGAAGCCCGUUUAAUAAAAUUACAGAGAGAUGCUGAGCUGGAUGCAGAAGCAAAGAAGGACCCGAGUUUGAUUAAUGACAAUGAUGGAAUCGCACAAAAGCUUGAAUUGAUUUACAAAAGGCUAGAGUUCAUUGAUGCAUAUUCUGCAGAGUCUCGUGCAGCUUCCAUUCUUGCGGGUCUCAGCUUCACACCAGAAAUGCAGAAGAAGCCAACGCGAGCAUUUUCUGGAGGAUGGAGAAUGAGAAUAGCUCUUGCGCGUGCACUUUUCAUUGAGCCGGAUCUUUUACUACUUGAUGAGCCUACGAAUCAUCUCGACCUUCAUGCAGUCCUGUGGCUAGAAGCUUACCUAACUAAAUGGCCAAAAACAUUUAUUGUUGUUUCUCAUGCUAGGGAAUUUUUGAACACGGUAGUCACAGAUAUUUUGUACCUCCAAAACCAGAAAUUGACUGCAUACAAAGGAGAUUAUGAUACAUUUGAGAGAACCCGGGCUGAACUUCUCAAAAACCAACAGAAAGCAUUUGAAUCAAAUGAGCGUUCAAGGGAACAUAUGCAGUCUUUUAUUGAUAAAUUUCGCUACAAUGCGAAACGGGCAUCUCUUGUUCAGUCUAGAAUCAAGGCAUUGGAACGAUUAGGACACGUUGACGAAGUUGUAAAUGAUCCCGACUACAAGUUUGAUUUUCCUACACCUGAUGAUAGACCUGGCCCACCUAUAAUAAGUUUCAGUGAUGCUUCUUUUGGCUAUCCAGGAGGCCCAAUACUGUUCAAGAAUUUGAACUUUGGGAUAGAUUUGGACAGUCGUGUAGCAAUGGUAGGCCCAAAUGGUAUUGGCAAGUCAACCAUACUUAAGCUGAUUUCAGGGGAACUUCAACCAACCUCAGGAACAGUUUUUAGGUCAGCCAAGGUUCGUAUCGCUGUGUUCAGUCAGCAUCACGUGGAUGGGCUUGACCUAACCUCUAAUCCGCUUCUAUAUAUGAUGAAGUGCUUCCCGGGAGUGCCUGAACAAAAACUUCGUAGCCAUUUAGGUUCUUUUGGUGUAACUGGUAAUUUGGCUCUUCAACCAAUGUACACCUUGUCUGGUGGUCAGAAAAGCAGGGUUGCGUUCGCAAAGAUAACCUUUAAAAAGCCUCACAUCAUAUUGCUUGAUGAGCCGUCAAAUCAUCUUGAUUUGGAUGCAGUGGAAGCAUUAAUACAGGGUCUUGUUCUCUUCCAAGGAGGGGUUCUGAUGGUAAGCCACGAUGAGCAUCUGAUUUCGGGUAGUGUUGACCAGUUGUGGGCGGUGUCUGAAGGCAGGGUGACGCCUUUUAGUGGCACAUUCCAGGACUACAAGAAGAAACUGCAAUCAUAGAUUGUAACUUCCAAGUUUCCUGUGAGUAAUUGUAAUAGCACAGCCUUAUAAGAGUGUCAUAUCAUUUUGUAUGGUGUCAUAGCAACACGAUAUGGAUAUACAAAUCAUCAAUGCUACACAUUUUACCUUUAUGGUGUUGAAAA